AUGACUUUCCUGCGGCUGUCUGGCGCCGCUGGCCGCCCGGCGAGGGGUGCUGCGACUGCGGCCGCCGGGGCGCCGCGCACCCAGUUGCCGUUUCUUCGCAAGGUGGUGCAGGACGCGCGGCGCUCCCCCAACACACACCAAAGCGACACCCCGUUCAGGCCGUACCCCCCGCCCGGCCCCGGGGAGGAGAGGCAGCGGGGGAGCAGGGUGCUCUACAAGGACCCGCAGUGCAUCAUCGUCAACGACGCCUACCCAAAGUCACGGCUGCACUGCGUGGUUCUGCCCUUGGACACUUCGUUACACUCCCUCAAUGCCUUGCGCGUUGAGCACGUGCCGCUGCUGCGCCACUUUAUGGAUGUCGCGGAUCGCUACGUGCAGUUUCUUCGGAAGAACCCAGUGGGGACGGAUGGCGCGUCGCUGGCGUUUGCCACCGGCUUCCACGCGCUCCCGUCUCUGCCCCACCUGCACAUGCACCUCAUCUCCCUGGACUUUGAUAGCCCGUGGCUGAAGAAAAAGCGACACUACAACAGCUUCGCCACCCCCUUUUUUCUCCCCGCAGACAAGGUGUUGGAGGACUUGGAGCAAAACAAGCACAUCACGUUGAACCAAGACGUAGCGGGGCUGAAGCGGAUGGAGGAAGGGGGACUGCGUUGUCUGUGGUGCGGCCACGACGAGGUGGGGAUGCCGCAGCUAAAGGCGCACCUGCGCACGUGUCCCAAGAGCCGUGCCUUUUCGGCAGCAUCUGGCGCAACGUGA